GAAGUCAAAAAUUUCCAUCCGCCCGUAACUAGCAGCGCAACAACCAAUAUCGAUGAUCGGGCUCAUGCGAUGACCGAGGAAAUCACGCAGCCCAAAAACGAGAAAGGACUGCGAUAUGUUCAGUAUGAGGUUGAGAAGGAGCACAUAUACCUAAACGCCAUCCGGAAGCUGAUAUCGAGGGAUCUAUCGGAGCCAUACAGCAUAUAUGUGUAUCGAUACUUUUUAAAUCAAUGGGGCGAUCUUUGUUACAUGGCACUCGAUGCCGAGUCUGACGACCUGCGUGGAGUGGUUGUGUGUAAGCUUGAAGAACAUCGGAGUGGAACAUAUCGAGGUUACAUUGCCAUGCUUGCUACCGUAAAGGAGUUCAGAGGGCGAGGCAUUGCAACUAAACUUGUCGAGAUGGCGAUCGACAGUAUGAAGUCACGAGGAGCCGAUGAGAUCGUUCUUGAAACAGAAGUCAGCAAUGAAGGAUCAUUACGACUUUACGAGCGCCUUGGGUUUCUGCGCAGCAAGCGGUUACACCGGUACUACUUGAAUGGCAACACCGCUUUCCGCUUAGUCUUGUAUUUGAAAGAAGGAACAGGUCUUAAGAGACCAACUGCUCCACCGAUAAAUCCUCCAUCAGAUGCUACUGCUAUAGCACCACCAUAUGAGCCCUAUUGCGCACAAUGAACCGCUUGGAGCCUUGCCCCCAACUAAAUGUCUCCGUUUUGAGUGGAGAAGGCCGCCAAGUCAUCACUCGCCUUAUUAUUAGAGCUUCAAAACUUUCGUCUCAUAUUCUUAUACAAUAUACAAAGCCAAAGAAUCAUCUUAAAAAUGGUGUAAAAAUUGCUACACUAGCGAACAAGAUGUUU